AAGGAGAAGGGUGGAUUGAACAACACUCCAACAUCCAAGAGUGGGACAUGAUGACUGAAAAGUCAUUGCAUGAAGCCAAAGACUUUCCAACUAGUAGAAUUAUCGAGUCUAAGAUUCUCUUUGAUUAAUCGCAUACAGCCUUUUCCUUACCACUUGGAGCACAUCUUCUGUUACACUUCGUUUCUCGAUGUCAAGGUAAUUGACUCUAUUCUACUUACACAGAUUUCUCCACAAACAAAUUAAAUAUAUUGAUAAAUAUGCCAGUCGUCUUCUUGGAAUGAUCCCUGGAAUCGGAGAGACAGAUACAGGGGUCCGACCGAAACUACUUUUAUCCGUUAGGGUUAUCAUCACCGUGUCACAAACUGUAACUUCUCUGAAAGUAGCGACACCUUCAACACUCAAUACAAUGUUAACCUUGGUCAUCUACAUCAUCUCUUUUCUCCGUCUCCUCCUCCACAUCGCCGCGGUCGAAAACUCGCCUCCAUACAUUCCUACAGAUAAUAUACUCAUUGAUUGUGGUGCACCAUCGAACACAACUUCAUUAGAUGGCCGCAGCUGGGAAGCCGAUUCUGAUCACUCAAAAUUUUCUGCCCCUAACAGGGAAAAUGCAUCUUUUGUUUCCACAGCCUCCCAACAGGACUCCUCUGUCACCAGAAUACCAUACAUGACUGCGCGUAUAUUUCGCUCUGAAUUCACCUACAACUUCCCUGUAUCACCUGGCCCAAAGUUUCUUCGUCUCUACUUCUAUUCAGCUGAAUUCCCGGGCCUAAAUAUCACCACUUCUUUCUUCUCUGUCAAUGCGAAUAAUUACACCCUCUUGAGCAAUUUCAGUGCCUAUUUAACCGCUUCCGCUACCAGACCUCAAAUUUUCAACUUCAUCAAAGAAUACAUUAUUACCGUAUGGGACAAUCAGAUGCUGAGCCUAAGCUUUGUACCAUCUCCCAACUCUUAUGCUUUCAUUAAUGGAAUAGAAAUUGUUUCCAUGCCAAGCAGCCUCUACAUGCGUGGUGACGACAACCAGCCGACUUUAGUUGGCCCUGGCUCUCCCUUUCUUCUGCCAAAUACCACCAAUCUUGAGACUCUUUAUCGUCUAAAUGUUGGGGGACAGGAGAUCAGAAACAUAGAAGAUACCGGUAUGAAUCGAGCAUGGUACCAAGAUGAGGCUUAUAUCUACGCGGGUGCAGUUGGGACUGUACAAUCUUUCCUGAACUAUUCAAUCCAAUACACACCAGAGACACCGGCGUACACUGCACCAGUGAAUGUAUAUGCCACCGAGCGUACCAUGGAUGUAGAUUCUCACAUUAAUCUUAAUUACAACCUCACUUGGAUCUUCCGCGUUGAUGAGCGAUUCUAUUACCUUGUCAGGUUGCAUUUUUGUGAGAACCCGGAGAUCAAUAAAGGAAAUCAGCGUGUGUUUGAUAUAUUUAUUAAUAAUCAGACGGCUGAGAGACAAAUUGAUCUGUUUAAACAGACCGGUGGGUCUGGGAUUCCUAUGUACAAAGAUUAUGUGGUACUUGCAACAAAGCAGCAACUGUGGCUAGCCUUGCACCCUAACAUUGAUUCAACUCCAAAAUUUGCUGAUGCCAUCUUGAACGGGAUAGAGAUUUUCAAGCUGAACAAUUCUCAAGGCAUUCUAGCAGGGCCUAACCCAGACCCUUUGGCAAGUCCUAUAUCUCCUGAGCAGGGCCCCAGGUUACAGAAUAGCUCAAGAAAUAAGAAACUGUCAACAAUUUUUCCGAUCCUUGGAGCUGUGCUUGGUGCUACAACUCUCCUAUCUCUUCUCUCGGGUUGCUUUAUUUUCCAUAGAAAAAGAAGAGUGAAGGACUCAAUAUCUCUCUCUUCAGAGUUCACUAAACCUGAAGAUACUUCCUCUGUACUCCCCUCUGAUCUUUGCCGUCGCGUCUCAAUUGUUGAGAUCAAAGCAGCCACUCAUAAUUUCGAUGAACAGUUUCUAAUAGGCGUUGGAGGAUUUGGCAAUGUCUACAAAGGUUUCAUUGAUGGUGGUGCCACCCCCGUAGCAAUCAAACGGCUAAAUCCAUCAUCAAAACAAGGGGACCACGAAUUCCAAACAGAAAUCGCAAUGCUCUCCCAACUCAGGCAUUUUCAUCUCGUGUCUUUAAUUGGCUACUGUAAUGAUCAUGGAGAGAUGAUACUUGUAUACGAGUACAUGCCCUAUGGUAACCUCCGUGAUCAUCUUUACAAUACUGAUAAACCCCCAUUAUCAUGGAAGUUAAGGCUUGAAAUUUGCCUUGGAGCUGCCCGUGGAUUGCAAUAUCUUCAUAGAGAUGCGAAGCAAAGUAUCAUCCAUCGUGAUGUGAAAUCGUCCAACAUUUUGUUGGACGAGAAUUAUGUUGCUAAGGUCUCAGACUUUGGCUUGUCCAAAUUGGGUCCCACCAGCAUGUCCCAAACCCAUGUCAGCACUGUGGUAAAGGGUAGUUUCGGGUACCUAGAUCCAGAAUACUAUCUUAGGCAGCAACUAACUGAGAAAUCUGAUGUGUAUUCAUUUGGUGUGGUGUUGUUUGAGGCACUAUGUGCUAGGCCGCCUGUAAUCCAAAACUUGCCAAAGCAGCAAGUUAGCUUGGCAAAUUGGGGUCGCAUUUGUUGUCAAAGGGGAACCCUUGAUCAAAUUAUAGACCCAUAUUUGACGGGUGAGAUUGCACCCGAGUGUUUGAAGAAGUUUGGUGAGACUGCUAAGAGUUGUGUAAGUGACAAAGCAAUUGAAAGGCCAACAAUCAGUGAUGUAGUUUGGAGCCUUGAAUUUGCCUUGCAGCUUCAGGAGACAGCAGAGAAGACUAAUGAUGGGAUGAAGAAGGUUCAAAAAAGUGAGGUGAAAGAGGUUGUUUCCACAAAUGAUGAGAUAUUUAGUGGGUCAAGUGAACAAGUUUCAAAAUCAAGGAGCACCAUGCGUUCUGAUGGUUAUAGUUUUGCUAUAGGUGACUUCACUAUGUCGAGUUCUAAUAAUCUUCUCUCAGAGAGUUCGGAUUCAAAGGAUGACAAUGUCAAAUAGACGGGUGUUAUCAUACCUUUCUUUGAGGAAAGAUGUUAUUGUACUUUAAUUGUAAAAACUUUUCUUCUGAAAUAAAAAUUCAAAACAUCAAGUUAGUAUUAGAUUUGUGACA